AUGCCGACCAUUACGCCCAACGGGCGGGUGCUUAGACCGGUCAUUCUCGUCCUGGGAUGUCUAACUUUCCUGGGUUAUUACACAUAUCUCACGUCUCGGCCGCCCACCGCGCUUUAUAACGACCUGUUCACCUCCGAAGAUGAGGCAUCCAGGAAAUUCAUCCACAACGAGCUAGGGAGCAAGUAUGUUAAGUUUAAACAACUCCAGGGCGCUGGAUUCAACAACCAAGCGCAAGAAAUCCUACUGUAUCAUCAUCUUGCGCUACAAACGUCACGGAUAUAUGUCUACCAGCCCUUCAUAUGGCGCCCGCGCGGGGAGAAGGCAGAAGUCCCUCUAUCAGCAUUUCUUCGUGGACCAACGGAGGGGACCAUCAGCGACUCUGCUUUCGAUGAAGUAUGCCCGCCAGAAGACGUCGUUCGUGUCAAGCUCGUAACCAACACCGAGAGCCAAUGGGAGCAUGCUAAGAGCAUCCUGAACUCCAACGAUCGAUGUAUUGUAGUGGAAGACUGGCUAUUCAACUGGAAUUACCUUGCAUCCACAGGAAUCCAUGACAUCUGGCCGAGCUUCCAGAAAUAUCUCGCAAACCACUUCAAGUGGUCAGACAACGUUCUAGCUAUCGUCGACAGAACCCAAACAAAACUUGGACUAAAAUCACGCGGAGCACCUUCGUCAAGCCAAGGCAGUCCCUAUAUCGCGGUGCACCUUCGCCGAGGCGACUUUGAGGACCACUGCAAGUACCUAAACACCACGCACCAAGGCUUCACAACGUGGGGCAGCCUUCCCUUGCUCCGACCAGCCACCUACCCUCCUGCUCUGAACACAACCGACGCCGCCUCCAUCAUGGAACACUGCUACCCCUCCCUCCACCGCAUCCUCGACGCCAUAUCCAAGCAAGCACGCUCACGUGGCAACGUCCGGGCCAUCCACAUCCUCCACGACGGUGCCUGGGACCACCCGACCGUGUAUUUGCAAUUUUACAAGCUCUCCCAGGCGUUGACGAACGAGCGCUGGACGACACAGCAUGGCUGGGUCGGCGGGCCGAUGCUGCGCGUGACACAGAGCGCCGAUGUCCCAAUGGAGAGGGGAGAGCGGGAUUGGCGUGUGUGUGUUGACGUUGAGCUUGCGAGGAGGGCGGAGGUAUUCAUUGGGAAUGGAUACUCGAGCUUGAGCACACAGGUUGUUGCGCUAAGGCUGGGCGGGGAUGGAGGAAAAGUGGAGGAUAUUACCCUGAUAUGA